AUGGCGACCACAGCAUCUAAUCAUUACAUUACGAGCAGCAACAUCCUCACCUCCAACUCCAUCGUUCACGCAGAGCCAGGGAGCAUGCAACAAGGGACAGCCUACAGGGAUGCACAGAAACUGGUCCAGAAUGAUUACAUGCAAAGCAAUGGACACCCUCUCAGCCACGCUCACCAAUGGUUAACGGCUCUCUCCCACGCCGAGGGCUCCCCCUGGUCGGCCGGCGUUCCGGCCAGCCCCCUCGGCCAGCAGGACAUCAAGCCCUCGGUGCAGUCCGGGAGGGACGAGCUGCACAGCGGGGGCACCCUCCACCACCGGCCCCCUCACAUGGUCCACCAGCACGGCAAUCACCACGGGGCGUGGGGCAACAGCACCUCCGCCCACCUGCCCAGCCUGGCUUCCAACGGCCAGAGUCUCAUCUACUCGCAGCCCGGCUUCACCGUCAACGGCAUGAUCAACCCGGCCAGCAGCCAGGCCAUACACCACGGGCUGAGGGAGGCUCAUGAGGAGCACCACGGGGAGCACGUCCCGCACCACCAGCAGCACCCACCGCACCACCACCACCACCACCAGCACCAGGGCCACGAGCACUCGGACGAGGACACCCCCACCUCGGACGACUUGGAGCAGUUCGCCAAGCAGUUCAAGCAGAGGAGGAUCAAGCUCGGAUUUACCCAGGCCGAUGUGGGACUCGCUCUCGGGACGCUGUACGGCAAUGUCUUCUCGCAGACCACCAUCUGCAGGUUCGAGGCGCUGCAGCUCAGCUUCAAGAACAUGUGCAAACUCAAGCCCUUGUUGAACAAGUGGCUGGAGGAGGCUGACUCCUCGUCCGGAAGCCCCACCAGUAUAGACAAAAUCGCUGCCCAGGGCAGGAAGAGGAAAAAGCGGACCUCUAUCGAGGUGAGCGUCAAAGGGGCUUUGGAGAGCCAUUUUUUGAAGUGCCCCAAGCCCUCGGCCCAGGAGAUCAACUCUCUGGCGGACAGUCUGCAGCUAGAAAAGGAGGUGGUCAGGGUUUGGUUUUGUAACAGAAGACAGAAAGAGAAACGAAUGACUCCUCCCGGAGGAGCUCACCCCGGAGCCGAGGAUGUAUAUGGGGCCAGAGACACUCCGCCGUCACAUCAUGGGGUUCAGACUUCUGUACAGUGAAUGACCACUUCUCUCACUUUUUGUUCCUUUUAUUUGUUCUUUUCUUAACGAACAGCUUAAAACACUGGACUAUCGUUACGAUAGCUCACGCUAAUGAUGUGUUUUGACCUAUACAGAAGGAGCUCGCAGGCAAAUGCAGUGAGUAUAUAAAUGACAGCAGAGGCACUGAUAUACAUACCUUUACAAAACUGUGGCAAACAGACACAAAACUGCCUGGAUAGAAUGUGACCUGAAAGGCUGCUAUCAUUGAUUAUGUAUAGAUCCACUGUGACAGGCGGGGCAAGGGGAUUUUGUUUUGUAGGAAAGCAGGGGAGGAUUUGGCCAGGACCUGCAGUUUUGUUUGAUGGAGGAAAAAGAGCGCAAGGAGGGUGGGGAAAAGAAAGGAAAUUCCAACACAAUGCUGUCCGGACUAGCCAUCGUAGCAGUCUGUUUUAUUUUUUGAAAUCUCAACCGAGUGGGAGAUAAUUCUCAUUGAAUUGUAUGAGGCGAAAGGCUAUGUGUGUGAACAGAAAUUAGGCUGUGUCAAUCAGGCAGAGAGGGGCUCAUCUCGAACGAUACCGUUCUCUCCAAGGUCUCAAGUUGGGAGCUGCAAAAUAGCAAACCGCGAUCAAUUUACACAAACAAAAAAAAAGUAACUAAAUGAAUGAUAAAUCGAUAAACAUCAGACGCUCUAAACUACGACGGAUCACCGACUAAAAGUUUAAUCCCCAUGUUUAACAAAAACUAAUUCCGGUGGCC